AUGGGAACUAGAAACAUUAUUGGGUUCUGGUUAGUCGUCUGCACCCAGUACAGAAACACCAACUACAGAAACCCGUCAUCACAGAAACACCCAGUACAGAAACACCCAGUACAGAAACACCUAGUACAAAAACACCCAUUACAGAAACACCCAGUACAGAAACACCCAGUACAGAAACACCCAGUACAGAAAUACCCAGUACAGAAACACCCAGUACAGAAUCACCCAGUACAGAAACACCCAGUACAGAAACACCCAGUACAGAAACACCCAGUACAGAAACACCCAGUACAGAAACACCCAGUACAGAAACACCCAGUACCGAAAUACCCAGUACAGAAACACCCAGUACAGAAUCACCCAGUGCAGAAACACCCAGUACAGAAACACCCAGUACAGAAACACCCAGUACAGAAACACCCAGUACAGAAUCACCCAGUACAGAAACACCCAGUACAGAAACACCCAGUACAGAAACACCCAGUACAGAAACACCCAGUACAGAAACACCCAGUACAGAAACACCCAGUACAGAAACACCCAGUACAGAAACACCCAGUACAGAAACACGCAGUACAGAAACCCCCAGUACAGAAACACCCAGUAAAAGAAACACCCAGUACAGAAACACCCAUCACAAAAACACCCAUCACAAAAACACCCAUCACAAAAACACCCAUCACAAAAACACCCAUCACAGAAACACCCAUCACAAAAACACCCAUCACAGAAACACCCAUCACAAAAACACCCAUCACAGAAACACCUACAGGUCACUUUUUGCCUCGCAAAAAAUCAGCCUAUUAG